CUCAAGUUGAAGGCGACCGAUCUUCACGACGACACUUCAGGGAAAAGCUAAACUGCAAUUUCGAAAGACAAACAAUGCAUUGCUUAAACGCAUGAACUGCACUAGUCGCACGGUGAAAACCCGCAGAGCCUUGUAAUAUCAGUGAAAACAGAAUAUUGUGCAGCGAAGGUAGCGCACGGCGCACAGGGACAGAUCAUGCACUGUCAAGCCGAGUUGAGGCUCUCCUCCCCCGGGCAGCUGAAGGCUGCCAGACGGCGCUACAAGACUUUCAUGAUUGACGAGAUCCUCUCCAAGGAGACUUGUGAUUACUUUGAGAAACUUUCUCUCUAUUCGGUGUGUCCUUCGCUCAUCGUACGGCCGAAGCCUCUUCAUUCAUGCUCCGGCUCCUCGUCACUACGUGCCUACCCUCUCCUCUCGGUGAUCACGCGGCAGCCCCCCAACCUGCCCCUCCACCUCCCGCAGCCGUCAUCCCCGGUCGGAGUCCCCGCGCACCUGCUCUCCCCGCAGCAUCUGCGGGGCUCCGAGCCCUCGCCCAGCCAGACGCCCCUCAGCAUCAGCAGCGAGUCGGAAACGGAGCGCAGCACGCCCCGCCUGAAGAAGCCGCGCCGCAGCCGCACCAUCUUCACCGAGCUGCAGCUGAUGGGCCUGGAGAAGAAGUUCCAGAAGCAGAAGUACCUGUCCACACCUGAUCGGUUAGACCUGGCCCAGUCACUUGGUCUCACACAGCUCCAGGUGAAGACGUGGUACCAAAACAGACGUAUGAAGUGGAAGAAAAUGGUGCUCAAAGGAGGUCACGAGGCCCCGACUAAGCCCAAGGGAAGACCCAAGAAGAACUCCAUCCCCACCACGGAAGAAAUAGAGGCCGAAGAGCAAAGGAUGAAGGUGGAGGAAGAGGAUAGGAUGAGGAGGGAGACAAAGGAAGCAGCGCUGGCUCACGAAGGAGAGGCGUCUCAGCUGGAACCUCAAGAUCUCAGUUCAGUAACUCACAAUCCGGCCGCAGCGAUGGAGGAAUCUGAGCGAGAGCUGCCGCUCCUGAUGCAGUCAGAGACUCAUUCAGUCAGCUAAGCAAGAACACAAAUAACCAAAGACUGAUGCCAACCUGAAAACAAAUAGUGCCUCACGAUCACUGUAAAAAGCCUGCGUGGUGUUUAGAUCCAUUUGGUUUAACAAUUUGACUGGAAACAUAUUGCUGAGUCCAAUCUUUACCCAACGCAGUCUUUUGUAUUUCAUCGUGUAUUAGAAAAUACCAAGAGCUAAAAUGCUUAGACACUGAUUGCACUGGUAAAUAUUUGGCCUUUAAGAACUGUAUUUUAGCAAGACCCUGGCAUAAGGAGUGUAAAUCUAAGGUCAUGUCAGUCAAAGCAGAACUUGCAUCACUGCAUCACCGUAUUGCGCAACCAUGAACGAUCAAACUCAGAGCCGAUCCUCCAAGCUGCCUCACAAAGCGCAUGUGCCAAAAUAUCAAAGAUUUGCCUUACCGUAGUGUCUCUAUGUAUCUGUGUAUUAUAAAUCACUUCACUGCCAAAAGCUACAUCAUAUUUAAUGGCUACAGUGCCUUGUCGGUCUCAGAGGAAAGCUUUUAAAGUGUUGAUGAAAUAACUAUCAAAUGCAAGUAUAUUUUUUACAGUAGUUUUUGAUUACAAGUUCCAUUUUUGGAGACAGAGUUGUAAAGUUUUUGAAGAGCACUUCUAUGUUCACUGUGGAGUUCCUCUAAACUGCUUUAAGGCGCAAUUGUUUCAUUAUUUGCUGAGUAAAGCGUACAUUUGUUAUUUUUUUUAAUUCUGAAAAAAAAAUCCAUAUUUCUGCCAAGCCAUACACUGUAUCAUACUGUAGAAAUGUGUAUAAAGUUUAAAAUAUUAUGGUCUUUCAGAUAUAUAGCUGAAACAGUAUUUUUAACUGCUGUUUUAAAUUGGAUUAAAAUAGUUUGUAUGUAUAAUGUUACUGCUCUCCCUGAUCUUUUUUCUCUUGUCAUGGGAGUCAGGAUGACUCUACUUUCUGCCACGAGGCCACUAAGACUCAAACUGUCAAGAGAUUCUCAGAGGGCAUAAAUUAUAGCCUGUGCCAAAGAUUAAUGGCAAAUGCAGAACAUUUUAAAUCUCAAACCUCUUCAGCCUACAGGCAUUGCAUGAGUACCCCAAACAGUGUGUGAGACUUGCAUUGACAUAACACUGCCUUCAGCUGCCUCUCACUGCCUUCUUCCAACUCUCCUUUCUCCCCUCGCAAAGAAUUGUAAUUAAAGAGUUUCACUUUUUGAAUUACACAGAUUUAUUUUUAUUUGUUAUCGUGUCAUAUAUAAAAAGUGCAGUAUUUUUCUGAUGUAAAUAAUGUUUGUUUGCUAAGUUUGUUUGCAUUUUUUUUAAAGUUUGUUUACAAUCAUUUUUACUAUAUACAAGUGUGUGUUUACGUAUUUAAAUACACUUAAUAAAACAGCAAUCAUUUAAAUUCCACUUGGUAUUAUUUGGUGCAAUUGUUUGGAGUUGUGGUUAAUAAUUGUCAAAAUGCAUCAUACAGAUGCUGGUUUGACAUGCUCUACUUUUUGCAUAAUGCAACCAGAAA